UCUAAAAAAAAAAAAAAUAUGUUGCCGAAUUAUGUGGCGACGCUUCUAGCGGGUUGGUUGUUAUGGUCAACCCAGCAUGGAUGUGACGCUAGACCUAUUCUGAUGUCUCCCUCCAUAUCGCCAGCGAGAGCUACUCUCAACGCCGACAUAUCAUGUGACACCGCCAAAGACUGCGGCGACAUUAGAGUUGUGUUCUGUGAUAACAAAACCGGUAAAUGUGGUUGCCAGGAUUUUAAUAGUAUUCUAUCAGGUGAAGGACACUGUCUUAAAGGCAAGCAGUUGGGCCAGACAUGUACUACUGUUGAACAAUGUCAAUUCCAUAACGGACAUGCGCAUUGUGUGAAUGGCGUAUGUGUUUGUCAAGAAGGUUUCUUUCAUGUUCAAGAUAUCAAUGGUACCACAUGUCUUGAAGGAAGUUUCAUGGAUACAGAAGACAAGAUGGGCGUUACAGAAGAACCCGGAUCCAAAGUACAAACCAAGAUGAUUCCCAUCGUUGUAGCUUUGGGUAUAAUGUUUGUCGGUAUAUGUGUGGCAAUGCAUUUAUUCAGCAAAGCCCGAUUCCGGAACCAAAGGACUAUCUUCAAUUCACCUCACCCUCGUCUGAUGCACAUCAGGGUUAGCCGAAAUCAGAAAAGCGGCAAGCGACGCACGAGCCUUCAGGUUACCGACUGUCGUCAGCUUAGUAGUAUGAGCUCUCAACCUUCCCUUCACUCCUCACGUUCUGAAACUCAACAAGAAAGUCAAGAUCCUCUCAACUAUUCAAACAAGAGCACCGGAAGCAGCGUAGUUGGUACCCCAACAUCGCUACCAUUGUCUUCUUUCGAUGACGCCAACGCAGUCAAAAAGGGGUCAGUUAGGAGGACCAAGGCGGACGUAGAGCCGCUCACAUUAAGCUACACAGUUGUGCCUAGCGGACCAAGCUCACCCACGAUUAUCAUUUCGAACAAGAAAAGUACCACCUUUACUGCAUAAGCCCAUUCGACCAAAACCGAGUCUGAAAAGAGAAGAUUUUUUCCAAAUUGUAUAUAACGCUAUCAAGAUUUCUACUAGCAUUUUAUGAUUCAAUUUAAAGAUGAUCUUCAGUCAACCAGACCCCUUUACAAGUUACCAUUGUGAGAUACAGGUUGGAAAAAAACUGUUAUAAACUUUUUAUUUGUAACCGUGCAGUGUCUCAUCACUUUAGACACGUAUACUAAACAAAUCAUGUGCAAUAUUAAAUACCGUGCAGUGUCUCAUCACUUUAGACACGUAUACUAAACAAAUCAUGUGCAAUAUUAAAUAAAUGUUAUAAUCUACUCACUAGGUAGGAUUAUGUAUGAAAAACAUUUUUUUUAAUGUCGUAUUUUAGGCUAUUUAUAUCUUAUGUACUUUUCACUUAAUCCAUUUGAAACAAUAGUAAUAUUAUAUGUAACCUUACGAACUACUAAUGUUUCUACCAUUAGGUAUUUAUUUCUUAUUUGGCGAGUUGGCCCAUUAUCUUUUCUCUACCAACACUGCUUGUUAUUUUCAAUUAAUCGGUUUGAAUAAAAAUUACAUAA